UAAAGUAAAAGCUUCCCAUUCUAGAAGCAAUCUGGUCUGACUCAUCUCCACUAUAUAAUGUCACCCCCACACACGCCACGUCUCGGUCACGCACCGCACCAACGCAUCAUUUGCAGGCACGCAUUAACGCAAACACGUUCAGGACAGUACUGGCAAUGGCGCCCGCGGCGGCGGCGGCGGAGCAGGCGUACGUGGUGGAGGACUGCCGCGGCGCGGUGCAGCUGAUGAGCGACGGCACGGUGCGGCGCAGCGCCGAGCCGGCGUUCCACGUCGACGUGCCGGAGGACGUGGAGGGCGCGGUGGAGUGGAGGGACGUGGCGUACGAGGCCGGGCGCGACCUGAACGCGCGCCUGUACCGGCCGCGCCGCCUCGGCGCCGCCAACGACGCCCGGGUCCCCGUCCUGGCCUACUUCCACGGCGGCGGCUUCUGCAUCGGCUCCGGCAGGUGGCCCAACUUCCACGCCUGGUGCCUCCGCCUCGCCGCCGAGCUCCCCGCCGUCGUGAUGUCGUUCGACUACCGCCUCGCGCCCGAGCACCGCCUCCCCGCCGCGCAGGAGGACGGGGCCACGGCCAUGGCGUGGGUGCGUGACCAGGCCGCGCACGACCCCUGGCUCGCCGACGCCGCCGACUUCUCCCGCGUCUUCGUCGCCGGCGACUCGGCCGGCGGGAACAUCACCCACCACAUGGCGGUCAGGUUCGGCAAGACCGGCCUCGGCCCGCACGUCCGGCUGCGCGGGCACGUCCUCCUCAUGCCGGCCAUGGCCGGCGAGGCGCGCACGCGCGCCGAGCUGGAGUGCCGCCCCGACGCGUUCCUCACCGCCGAGAUGAGCGACAAGUACGCGCGCCUCAUCCUGCCGGAGGGCGCGACGAAGGACUACCCGGUGCUCAACCCGGCCGGGCCGGAGGCGCCGGGGCUCGAGGCGGUGGCGAUGGCGCCGGUGCUCGUGGUGGCGGCGGAGCACGACAUCCUCAGGGACCGGAACGAGCACUACGCGCGGCGGAUGAUGGAUGAGUGGGGGAAAAAGGUGGAGUUCGUCGAGUUCGCCGGCGAGCAGCACGGCUUCUUCGAGGUGGAUCCGUGGUCGGAGCGCGCCGACGAGCUCGUCCGCCUCAUCCGCAAGUUCGUCGUCGAGCACAUGGACUCGGAGUAGCUACGUGACCAAAGAUUCCAAGUUAAUUAAAAUUGAUUUUUGACUUUUCUACAUGAUUGAGAGUGAUUUGUUUAGGUGUGUGCCGUUUUAUCUUAAUUAUUGAUGUUUUGUUGGUAAUUUAAGAAUUAAAAGCAAAUAAUGACACGCCCACAUGGAUGGAUUUGAUUGCUGUUGAUCAAA